UAUAUAUAUGGGAUACUGAGGUGUUUUACCUAGGCAGUGCAUCGCUCUCGUGCUUGACAAGUUGCAGUGAUUUUUUUUUAUUUCGCUCUCGCGUCCAAGAUCAUGAGGAGUUUACUCAUAACAUUGCUUAUUGGAGUUGUGGCGACAUGCCGAGGUGCCGCGGUGAACUUUAUAGCGCCGAGAAGAACAUUCGAAGUCGUCGUCGACGGGGAAGCGAGGUCCGCAGGUAAAGCCAAUGGUCUGGAGCACUUCGCCAUCAAGCGGGGUCUUCCGGUCCAUCACAGUGCUGGCGGAUAUAAUGGUGUCAUAAAUUAUCCCCAAUUCUUCAAUUACGAUCAGUCCGCUGCCCCGACGGUUGUCUACCGAGGGUAUGCGUCCAGUUCGAAUGGGAUCUCCGGGGGUGAGGGUGUCCGAUGUGGGUCCGGCUAUGGGCAAAAUGGUGGUGGCUGUCCAUACGCGGCAGCACAGUACGCCAGUUAUGGCGGUCAUGACGGUAGUGUCGUUUACACAGCAUAUGAAGGCAAUUACCCAGGAUAUCCAGGGGCUUAUCCAGCAUAUGUAGGCGGUUAUCAAGGAUAUCCUAGGAGUUAUCCAGUAUAUGCAAGCGCUAAUGGCGGUUAUGGAAGUGGUUAUGGUGGCUGUGGAAGUGGGUCUGUCGGUUGUGGAGGUGGUUACAAUGGAUAUGAUAAUGGGAUUGUAGGGGACGGCACCACCAAUGGCGUCACUGGAGUGCCCUCUGAGAGACCUUUCGAACAGCCUCCCCAUACCAAUCCCGGUUCCGGUAUCACUGUCAUUGAACAAAGCGGUUAAUUGUCUACAUAAAUUGUUAACGAGUAAAUUACUGCAUUGACUCGCUGCGAAUUACCUCAAAUAUUUUGGAAAAUGAAUUGUUGUCUUUGUGAAUUUGUAAAUCUGUCACAUCAAUAAAUAAAGCAGACAAUCAGAA